AUGCUCUCUCGCGCCGCCGCAGCGCUGCUGCUUUCCCUCGGGGCCUCGUCGGCGCUGGCGAAGCUCCAGUGCAUCAACGACGACCUCGUCGCGGUCGAGGCGCCCGCCUCUGCCCUCCCCGUGUACGUCAAACGCCAGGAGACCAAGCCGGUCGACGUCUACUUCCACGUCACCAGCUCCGUGGCCAACAGGGAGCGCAUCACCGACGCCAUCGUCGACGCCCAGACAGGAAGGAGGAGGAUAGAGACUAACACGGCGGCCCCGCCCCAGUUCGAGGUGCUUCACUCGACCUACCUCCGCCACGGCUUCGAGCUCUCCCUAGUCAACGUCUCGCGCGUCGUCGACGACGUGCUCGCCAAGGGGUUCUACGAGGACUCGGGCAUCGGCAUCCCCGACUUCGACGGCUACCUCGCCUGGCGCGCCGCCACGCGCCGCGGCGGCUACGACGCGCUCAACGUAUACUUCUUCACGGACCUGGCCGAGAGCAUCGGCGGGCACUGCAACCUCGCGGGCGUCGUCGAGGACGGCAGCCAGCAGUUCUGGCAGGACGGGUGCUGGGUCAACGGCGACACGAUGCCGGGCAUCCCGCCCCGGAGCGGCGGUGGCGGUGGCGGUAACGGGACCGAGACGGUGCCGAGAAAGGGGCACGUCGCGGUGCACGAGGUCGGCCACUGGUUCGGGCUGCUGCAUACCUUCCACGGGCGGUUGUGCGAGGCCAUCAAUGACCAGGUCGCCGACACGCCGGCGCAGGCUGGGGGCAGCACGGGGUGUCCCGUCGGACGCGACUCGUGCCCCGGCGCGCCUGGGUUGGACCCCAUUCACAACUUUAUGGACUACUCGGACGAUUCCUGCACGACCGAGUUCACGCCGGGACAGGAGGAGCGCAUGCAUCAGAUGUUUGAUGUCUACAGGAGAUGGCAGGGCUAG